ACGGAGAUCAAAUCCGAGCCAUCUCACGCGGAGGAUUUGUGCCGAAAUAGCCUCCCCCUCCUCUUUGAGAUUAAAUGCAGUGGGGUCCAUGUAUAGAAUCUCACUGUCUGCGGCGCAACGCAAGUGCAGAAUGCGCCUUCUGUGCGGGAAAAGUUGUGGGAGUAAGUGGCAGUUCUGAGACCUUUGGAGAGGGCUGCUGGACACCAUGCACACGGACGUGAUGCUGCUCAGCCUGCUGCUGUGGACGGGCGGUGUGUCCGGCGAAACGUGUCAGAAGGAAAAUUCAGCUCAGCCACACCGGGAGGGCAGAUGUAGAAGAGAAAUUCCAGUAACAAAAGGAUCCGGCAGCAAGAUUGAAAGUAGCUCCAUGACUAAGAGGAGUCCAGAUAGAACUAAAACCUGGGGUACAAAGUCAGAGCACCUGCUGAGGAUACAGGAACACGACUUUACAAUGCGUCCAGGAUUUGGAGGCCCUGCCGUCUCUGUUGGAGUGGAUGUUCAGGUUGAGAGCUUGGACGCUAUUUCCGAGGUCGAUAUGGACUUUACCAUGACCCUGUAUCUCAGGCACUACUGGAAAGAUACACGCCUGGCCUUCAAAAGCAACAACAACCUGAGCAUGACGUUCGAUGGCCGCCUGGUGAAGAAGAUCUGGGUGCCUGACAUGUUCUUCGUCCACUCCAAGAGGUCCUUCACCCAUGACACCACCACUGACAACGUCAUGCUACGAGUUUACCCCGAUGGGAAAGUCCUCUACAGCCUCCGGGUGACCGUCACAGCCAUGUGUAGCAUGGACCUGAGUCGCUUUCCUCUGGACACACAGACAUGCUCUUUGGAGAUAGAGAGCUAUGCGUACACAGAUGAUGACCUGAUGCUGUACUGGAAGAAAGGGAACAGGUCAUUAAACACAGAUGAAAAAAUAUCUCUCUCCCAGUUCCUGAUCCAGGAGUUCCACACCACAACCAAGCUGGCCUUCUACAGCAGCACAGGCUGGUACAAUCGUCUGUACAUCAACUUCACCCUGCGCCGCCACGUCUUCUUCUUCCUGCUGCAGACCUACUUCCCUGCCACUCUGAUGGUCAUGCUGUCCUGGGUAUCCUUCUGGAUCGACCGCAGGGCCGUCCCUGCCAGGGUGCCACUAGGUAUAACCACGGUGCUCACCAUGUCCACCAUCAUCACUGGAGUCAACGCCUCCAUGCCCAGGGUGUCCUACAUCAAAGCUGUGGACAUUUACCUCUGGGUCAGUUUCGUCUUCGUCUUCCUGUCGGUGAUCGAGUACGCUGCAGUCAACUACCUGUCCACUCUACAAGAACGCAGAGAGAGGGCACUCCGAGAGAGGAUGCCGUGUACCUGUGGUCUGGCCCAUCCUGGAACGAUGUCAGCCAGCUACAGUGAGGUGGAUGCCAACGCAACGGGGAAGUAUGGCAGCAUGCCAGGAAAUGGGGUGAAGCGGGAGAGGAUGCUGGUGCAGCUGAUGGAGAACGAUCAGGUCACCGGCCAUGUUAGCUCCGGCACCUACAGCAGCGCCGCCCUUGACACACACGCCAUAGACAAAUACUCCCGGGUCAUGUUUCCUGGAUCCUACAUCCUCUUCAACUUCAUCUACUGGUCCAUCUACUCCUAACACACAUGGGAUUUAACCACAGUCUGAACACUUGUAAUACAAGUGGGUUAAAAAUACAAGCUUUUGUGUAUAGAAAUUUGAAAGAAAGGCGAUGGAACAGUUCAAUCCAAAGAGAGAUGUCAGGCAGAACAGACCCCUAACAUGUUCUCCUUCAACUUGGACUGCAUGUUUUUGAAUGGACAGAACCUCAAAGGACCAAAUGACCCAAUGUGACUUCAUCUCCAGGUUACCUGCCAAUUGGAGGUUUCACACCACAGUUUCGGGCUUUAUAAACUCAUCAAUCGAGGUCUUGACUGAAAUUGUAGCCAGUGCAUCAGUGAAAUACUAAAUGCAGUUUUUUUUUCUAACCUCAAUUUAUCAAUGUUUAGUUUUGCUGUUUUUUAUGUAAGAACAGGUCCGUGUUUCUCUCCCUUUACCCUUUUUUUAAGGAAAAGCAUUAUAGUCUAGUUGCAAGCACAUGGAACCAGGAAAUGUUGAGUACCUCAAAGUUUUAUGUUAGAAAUGUAUAAUACGGGUCACCAGCUCAUAGAAACUGCCAGAUGAUAACUUGCAUAUGUUGGCUAAUUUGCAUAAAUUGUGUUAUUUAGCAUUCAUUUGCAUAUCCAGACAAUAGUUUAAAAAUGGUCUGGCCAAUUUGGAUAAUUCUGUGUUGAGUACUCAAGGGUACUCAACAUGAUAUACUAGGACUCUAUGAGCUGGCACACAGACCAGGUCUGAGGUACUCCUCAAGACGCAAGACGCUCAAGAAAUGGAAAGGCGCUUCUUUAUCUUCUUCUCUCACAUGGUUGUCGUGAUGGUGCAAUGCAUCCCGAACGUGUGCGGUUUUCCAUAACUUCAUUAUGAUGAUGAUGAUAAGAAACCCGUUGAAGCUGUGUAUUUGGUCCCAUGAAUAUGACGCCAAUGCAGACAUAAUUCUACCACAUUUCUUGUGGUUACAUUUAGAAUAAAUAAAUUCUGUGCUUCAGUAUUUCUCUCCUCUCUAUUGUGUUAAGCACGGCUCUAUUUAAGAAAUGGCAUCAGAUGGACAGAUUCGGAAUAUCUGGAUUCUGCCUUUACAACACAUUUGUUUGUGUGUGUGGCUAGGUUAUUAUGUUACAGUUUGCAAAUGAUUAACAUACACCGAAACACACAUUCAAACAGCAGCUGUGUAACCUGAUUUUUGGUGGAAAUGUUCAGGGUUUCGUGGUUUCAUUUGACAUAUUUGCGCGCUCUGUUUUAAAUUACACUUUGUUGUCACAGAAGAAUUUUAGCUUUUUAUACUUUCACAUCUCCAUCUCUUGUAACUCUUCUCAUUAACAUAAUGGUUUAAUAAAUCCUGUUUUGCCUCUGGUAAUUCAGUUUGCAGAAUUCUCCAUAAUACGCACUUUUUUUUAUAGAAGUUGGUCUCUACAGAAGAGCAUUGCAUUCACAAAAGAAAA